ACUACAAGAAGUAUUGUAAUGGUAAUGAUGCGCUACGUGCUGUGUAUCCUCGCUCUCCUGCUCUCCUGUGCGUGUGUGCACGUCCUCGCUGAAGAAGUGCCUGCCGCCGAUCUUUCCGACCAAGUCCCUGAUACGGAGAGUGAGACAAAGAUUCUUCUUCAAGGUACUCCUGUUAUUCGUGAUGCUCCUGGUUCUCAGUGCCCUGAAGAGAAAAGUAAAUGUACCAACGAUCAUCAAGAUCCAGCCGCCGAUCUUUCCGACCAAGUCCCUGAUACGGAGAGUGAGACGAAGUGGCCUAAUGAUCAACCUAAAACUCAUGAAGGUGCUUGUCCUCCUACUGGACAACUACAAGCUACACAAAGCCUUCAAGGUACUUCUCCGUGCACUAAUGGUACUGAAGCUUCUGCUAAUCUUCAGACAUGUCCGAAAAAGCCCGAAGUUCCUCCUGCUAAAGUACCUGAAGUUCACCCCGAGCAGACUGCUUCUCAAGACGAAAGUAACGGUCAUGGUAAAGAUGCUAAAGAAGCUGGGCGUCCUGCUGGUCCGCAUGGUGAAGUUGGUGUGCCUGGUGCUGUUCAUCAGGUAGUAAAAGGUGAAGCUGAAGAUUCUGGGGACCUAAGUCAUGGUACUACAGGAGGAAAAGGUACCGGAGCUGGUGAUGUUGGUGGUUCUUCUCCUACUCCACAGGAUAGUCCAACUCCUGCUUCUCCUGUUGAUGGGAGUAGUGUGGCUCCAGUCGAGGGUCAAAAUGGAAACAGCGGCAGCAGUCCAACAGGAGAAACUACAUCUACCCAAGGAGGUGAAGCAGCAGAAGAAACUUCUUCCUCUCCUACCAAUACUUCAGAGAUUGAGAAUGCUACUGAUGCUGAUAUUGCAUCGACUGAGAACAACACUCCUGCGGCAGGGAGUGAAUCAACAAAUAACCAAGAAGGUGAUGCAGAAAAUACAGAAUCAACCAGAACAAACUCCACAACAACAACACUUCCUUCUGAACUCACAAACAACAAGAAGGGUGAUGCAGACAGCAGCAGCAGUAUCAGCAGUUCUGUGUGGGUGCGUGUACCACUACUGAUUGUGGUUACACUGGCCUGUAUUCUUGUGUGCUGA